AAAUCCUAUAUGGACGAAUGGUUUGUAGUUGGAUGUAUUUCUGUUCCUUUUGUAACGUGUAUAAUUGUUGUAAUUCGAAAGAUGAAUCAGGUUUCGAGUAGGAAUGAGUUGAAGAAGUGCAGGUAACUUGCUGUACUUCAGGUGUUUUGUCGAAACUAUCGGGGUUAUAUAUAUGCAUAUGAAUAAAAAUUGUUAAAAGGCUCUCAAGUGAGGGCCCUUAAGGUUUCAUCUGAGGCUUUUUAAGCCUUGGUCUUAUGUGGAAAUUAUCUCUCAGGAAGACACUCCAAGAGGCCCAAUACGUCGUAUAGCGUUCUUCAUGUAUUUUAGUAAUUUUACCCACAGGAGAAGCAAGGUGCGUUGUCAGUUAAUGUUACUACUUUUAUUAGGUCAUAGUUUGGAAUAGAAUACUACUUCAUUUGUAACAAUACAUAAUAGGUCGUGUGUUAUCAACUGAAGAACGGAUCUCUUUAUUGCUGUUAUGUUGUGAAGCAAGUUCGAGAAUAGGAAAUUAAUUAUACAUGAAUAUUUUAUUUCCGCUAGCUUGUUUCAAACGCCGUAAGGUUUCUAGUUCAUUUUAACAUAAGUUAUAGAAAGAGAUAGAUCACUUUGGGAUAUCCUGUAAAGGGCGACGGUAAUUAUGCAAAACUUUAUAUCAUAUAAGAGACAAAAAUGACCUCAUUCCUAAAUUUAUAUUUCCCUCCAAGCACUUUAUCAUGAGAUUGGAUUAUCAGUGAUUUCAACACGAGCCUUGGCCUAGAAUACACUGCUAGAAAUAGUGUUGCAAGGCACACUGCCUUAGUCAUGGUACAAUGACUACCAUUAACAGAACCAUCAUUUACAAUUUCUAACUCUUUCUAACGAGCUAGCUUAGAGGAGAGGAAGCAGGUGUUAAAGUCACACACAAAUCUAAAAUUUCGUUCAAAACAGGAGAUAACAUGUCGAUUAAUAAAACCACAUUCUAAAUGUUAUUAAACCCGGUUUCAACAAGACAUUGGUUGCUAUGAAACUGGGCAAACAAAACGUAGGCUGACUAAAAUUCGAUAUGGUCACGUGUUCAGGAAGAUACGCGCUCUUCGAUAGUUUUUUGUUUACAUAUUUUUACUCAAAUCUGUGGUGUGCUUCUGUGCAAUAUAUCACUGGCAGGAAUUACAAAAAGGCUUCUCAAAUGAAGAAGGAUGUAGAUAUUAUAUGCGUUUCAAAGUGAUGGAGAAAUACGAAAAACUUGGCAAGAUUGGGGAAGGUUCCUAUGGUGUUGUCUUUAAAUGCCGUCACCGGGAACAUGGCCAUAUCGUUGCAAUAAAGAAAUUUGUUGAGUCCGAGGAUGACCCGUUGAUAAAGAAGAUUGCAAUGAGAGAAGUCAGAAUGCUUAAGCAACUAAAACAUCCCAAUCUUGUGAACUUGUUGGAAGUAUUUCGGCGAAAAAGAAAACUUCAUAUGGUGUUUGAGUUUUGUGACCACACAGUUCUGAAUGAACUGGAUGCUAGUCCUAAAGGGGUUAAUGAAGUGACAAUUAAGAAAAUAAUUUGGCAAACACUCCAUGCUGUUCAUUAUUGCCAUCAACAUAGUUGCAUUCACCGCGAUGUUAAACCUGAAAAUAUUCUUAUCACUAAAGAUGGCAUUAUCAAACUUUGUGAUUUUGGUUUUGCAAGAAUACUUACUCCAGGUGAUGAGUACACAGACUAUGUAGCAACAAGGUGGUAUCGAGCACCAGAGUUGUUGGUUGGAGACACACAGUAUGGGCCACCUGUAGAUGUCUGGGCUAUUGGUUGCGUCUUUGCUGAGCUAUUGUGUGGUCAACCCUUGUGGCCAGGUCGCUCUGAUGUGGAUCAGUUGUACCUAAUAAAGAAAACAUUAGGUGACCUUAUACCACGUCAUAUCCAGAUUUUUAGCAAUAAUCAAUUUUUCCGAGGAUUACAAAUCCCAGAACCCAGCAAAAGGGAAACUUUAGAAGAGAAAUUUCCAUACAUUCCUCAGCCAGCAAUGAGUUUUUUAAAGGGAUGCCUAGUAAUGGAACCCGAUAGCAGGCUGACAUGUGCAGAGCUGCUUGAACACAAAUAUUUUGAUGGGUUUCGGGAAAGAUUUGAACCCGAAUUGCAAGCUCUCUUUGCCAAAAGUCAAGAACAACAUCCAACAAAGUCUAAGAAACAAAAGAAAUAUGGCAGUCGUAGUGAACAACAGAAUCAUCAUCUACCACAACUUCAUAUGCACCAGUCAAAUGAACCACAACAUUCACCAGCACCAGACCACAAAGUUGAAAAAAACUCGUAUGAAAAACAGAAAACGAAGGGGAACAAAAUGGACCAUUUACCUUCAAUAUAGGCAUGCUGUUGCUGCAAGAUAGAAAUUUCUAUAGAAUUUGACUUGGACAAAAGUCAGUUUGUUUUCAAAUGUAAAUAUUAUAGCAUGUCAUUUAAGGUAGUUAUGAGGAAAUAUAAAUAACGUGUUUGUCUGUA